GAGGGAUAGGAACAGGGAGGGUGGGACGAGGGGAGCGCUGGGCGCAGGGAGCUGAGUGGACCGCUGAGACAGGAGGCGCGUGCAGCAGCUCCAGCUAGAAGCGGAGUUGUCAGAGCCAGGCUGCAUUUCCAUCAGGAGCUGCGAGCUCCGUGCCCGCUCCCAACAAGAUGCUCAAGGUGUCAGCCUUAUUGUGUGUGUGUGCAGCGGCUUGGUGCAGCCAGACUCUUGCAGCUGCCGCGGCGGUGGCUGUGGCCAGGGGGCGGUCGGACAGCGGUAAUUUUCUGGAUGAAAAACAAUGGCUCACCACAAUCUCUCAGUAUGACAAGGAAGUCGGACAGUGGAACAAAUUCCGAGACGAUGAUUAUUUCCGUACCUGGAGCCCAGGAAAACCAUUUGAUCAAGCUUUAGAUCCAGCUAAGGACCCAUGCUUAAAGACCAAAUGCAGUCGCCACAAAGUCUGUAUUACUCAAGAUGCUCAGACUGCACUCUGCGUCAGUCACAGGAGGCUCACACACAGUAUGAAAGAAGUAGGAGGAAGCCAUAAGCAAUGGAGAGGUCUCCUGUCAUCCACCUGUAAGCCAUGCCCUGUGGCCUAUGCCAGCCCUGUUUGUGGUUCCGACGGGCAUUCCUACUCUACGCAGUGCAAGCUAGAAUAUCAAGCAUGUGUCUUAGGCAAACAGAUUACUAUACGAUGUGAAGGGCGUUGUCCAUGUCCCUCUGAUAAAUCUACAAGCACAGGCAGAAAUGUUAAGAGAGCCUGCAGUGACCUGGAAUUCAGAGAAGUGGCAAACAGACUUCGCGACUGGUUCAAGGCCCUUCAUGAGAGUGGAAGUCAAAAUAAGAAGACCAAAGCACUGCUGAGGCCUGAGAGAAGUAGAUUUGAUACCAGUAUUUUGCCAAUUUGCAAGGAUUCACUUGGCUGGAUGUUUAAUAGACUUGAUACAAACUACGACCUUCUAUUAGACCAGUCAGAGCUUGGAAGCAUAUAUCUUGAUAAGAAUGAACAGUGCACAAAGGCGUUCUUCAAUUCUUGUGACACUUACAAGGACAGUUUGAUAUCUAACAAUGAAUGGUGCUACUGCUUCCAGAGACAGCAAGACCCACCUUGCCAGACAGAGCUCAGCAACAUUCAGAAGCGACAAGGGAUAAAGAAGUUCCUAGGACAAUAUGUCCCUCUGUGUGAUGAAGAUGGUUACUACAAGCCAACACAAUGCCAUGGAAGUGUAGGGCAGUGCUGGUGUGUUGACAGAUAUGGAAAUGAAGUCAUAGGAUCCAGAAGAAAUGGUGUUACAGAUUGUGCUAUAGAUUUUGAAAUCUCUGGAGAUUUUGCAAGUGGAGAUUUCCGUGAAUGGACUGAUGAUGAAGGUGAAGAUGACAUUAUGAAUGAUAAGGAUGAUAUUGAAGAUGAUGAUGAAGAUGAAGGCGAUGAUGAUGAUGAUGAUGAUGGGGAUGACCAUGACGGAUAUAUUUGA